CAGUUCAUGACUACUUUUCUUUUCAACACAAGCAAGCAUAUCAAAUUCCCAAGUAUCAUCCAAAUUCGUUAGCAACCCCCGACCAAGAAUUCCGCACAUAGCCAUCCAUAAUGACGGCAGACCUCGAGCUCCCAGGGGCCUUGGUCCCAUACAACACCACCAGCCCCAGACUGAUCCCCCAUGUCGUCGAUGACCGUGCCGCGUCCAUGCCGCAGGGGACAAUGUACCGCGUCCCGCGGUCGUCGGACCCGAAAGACGGCUGGGAGGCCAUCACGUGGAAGCAGUUCGCCAACGCGGUAAAUCACAGAGCACUCUGGCUCAAGGAGACCCUCGGCGCUCCUUCAAGUCCGGGCGAGGUGCCGACGGUCGCUUACAUCGGGCCCAACGACUCGCGGUAUUUCAUCUUGACGGUAGCCGCGGUCAAGGCAGGCUACAAGGCCUUCUUCGUGUCACCGCGCAACACCAUCGAGGGCCAGCUCAGCCUGUUCGAGGCCACACAAUGUGACACGCUGCUGGUAGCCGCCGGGCCGACGCGCAAGCUCAUCCAGCCCUGCCUCGACGGCCGACCGUCGAUGCGAUGUAUCGAAGUCCCUCCCCUGGCGCAGUGGUUCCCCGAGCAAGAGGCGCCGCACGUGCCCUUCACCAAGACGUACGAGGAGGCAAAGCGGGAGCCCUUGGUGGUAUUGCACACCAGCGGGAGCACUGGGAUACCAAAGCCCGUGAUCGUGCCGCAUGGCAUGCUGGCAAUUUCAGAUCAGCUGCACGACGUUCCCAAGUUUAUGGGCUCGGACCUGUUCCUCAGAGUCAUGGCAGAAAAUAUCAAAACGGGGGUAUUGAGCCCGAUGCCAAUGUUCCACGCCGCCGGACUCUUCUUCUGGGUCAUGGCCACCAUCUACUGGGACAUUCCUUACACCGUGGGCAUCCCCGACCGCAUGCUCACUCCUGACCUGGCGGCCGCCUGCGCGGAGCACUCGCACGCGGACGCGCUGAUCCUGCCACCUGCGAUCCUGGAGUUGAUGGCGCAGGACGAGGAGCAAAUCAGCCUGCUGCGGCGCAUGAAGCAUGUCUUGUUCGGUGGAGGCCCGCUGUCAUCUACCGCCGGGAACAAGCUCGUGAGCCGGGGAGUCCGGCUUCUGAACCUGAUUGCGGCCACAGAGUGCGCUCCUUACACAAUGUAUUACCAGCACAACCCGCAGCUGUGGCAGUACUACAUCUUCAACGAGGAGGCGAUGGGUAUCGCUAAACACGACAGCGUCAGCAGCAGCUACAGCAGCAGCCCAGACGCCCGCGCAGCAGCAGCAGCAGACCCGGGCUACCAGGGCUGGUUCUACACGUUCCCGGACGCGGACGAGUACGACACCAAGGACCUGUUUGAGCGGCACCCGACGCUGCCGCACCACUGGCGCCACGUGGGGCGCGGGGACGACAUCAUCGUCUUCUCCAACGGCGAGAAGCUCAACCCGAUCACCAUCGAGGACAUCCUGUCGGCGCAUCCGGCCGUCGCGGGCGCGGUGGUCGUCGGCGCGGGCAGGUUCCAGGCCGGGCUGCUGAUCGAGCCGACGCACAACCUGGAAGAAGGAAGUAGUAGAGGCGAUCAGGAGAAAGAGAAGAAGAGGAAGGAGUUGCUCGAUGAGAUCUGGCCGGUCGUGGAGCGCGCCAAUGAAGGCACGGUCAAGCACGGCCGCAUUGCGUCGCGGGACAUGGUCAUUUUCAGCACGCCCGGCAAGCCGUUUAUGCGGGCGGGUAAAGGAACCAUCCAGCGCGCGGCGACGGUCAAGCUGUACGCCGACGAGAUUGACGAGAUGUACCGCCGCGCCGAGGAUGUCCAGGGGCAGGCUGCUGCUGCUACUGCUGAUGAUGCUGCUGAUGGUGCAGGCGGUCGUGGCGAUGCGCCGAGACUCGACGUCAGCUCGGAAGAUGCGCUGACUGGGUCGGUCGUGGAGCUGUUUGGCAAGGUUGUGCCCGAUGAGGUCCUGGAGCCUGACACGGACCUGUUCACGGUCGGCGUGGACUCGCUGAUGGUCGUCACCGUGUCGAGACAGCUGCGUGCUGGUCUCGCGGCGGCUGGGUAUCAAGAAGAGGCCGCUGGCAAGGACGCGCUCAACCCGCGUGCCGUGUAUGCCAACCCGACGCCGCGCAUGUUGGCACAGUACAUCCUCCGCUCGUUCGUGGCAAAAGGAUCAGUCGCUGGUGCUGAGACCGGCAGCAGCGAUGUCCAUGAAUCGGGUCGGGAUGCGGAGGCCACGCUCAAGGCGAUGGAGGAUCUCCUGGCAAAGUAUACAGCUGAUCUGCCCGAGCCCUCGAACCAGCACAAGAAGAGCCCGGCCACGGAUAACCAGACCAUCCUCCUGACAGGCUCGACGGGCACGCUGGGUGGCGUUAUCCUCGAGACGCUCCUCGCAAACCCGCGGGUCGGCAAGGUCAUCUGCCUCAACCGUGCGGCCGAUGGCGGGAAGAGCAAGUUCUCGGCUGGCCAAGGCCCCAGAGUCGAGUUCCUCCACGUCGACACGGCGCUUCCUCAGCUCGGCCUCCCGGACGAGACAUAUGCCCGCCUCCUCCGCGAGACGGACCGCAUCAUCCACAACGCGUGGCCGGUCAACUUCAACAUCCCCCUGUCCUCGUUCGCCCCGAACCUCCAGGGCGUGCGCAACAUUGCGGGCCUCGCGACCGCCGCGGACAAGAAGGUCGUCGUGGUGUUUGUCAGCUCCAUCGGAACCGUCCAGGGUUAUCCCAGCACCCUGGACAAGGCCGGCAGCAUCGUGGUCGUGCCGGAGACGAGACUGGUCGACUUCCGCGCCGCGCUGCCUGGUGGCGGAUACGGGCAGGGCAAGAUGCUGGCCAGCUUGAUCCUGGAUGCGGCCGCCCAGAAGGGCGGGUUUAUCGGUGCAAGUAUCCGAGUCGGCCAGGUCGCCGGCUCUGAGCGGGCAGUGGUCCAGGAGGGGCCGACGAGUCACGACGACGGAGGCGUUGUGGUGUGGAACCGGCAUGAGUGGCUGCCCUCGCUGGUCGCCAGCAGCCUGGCCAUGGGUGCUCUGCCGCGGACUCUCGGGGCCGUGGACAGGGUGGACUGGACGCCCGUGGACCGGAUUGCCGGGCUUGUCACGGAUAUCGCCGGCGUUGGAUCCCAGGAGGGUGAAGCUGUGGACGAGCUCGGCGGCUACUACCACGGCUCUAACCCGCAGGCAACGAACUGGAACGGUGGGCUCGUGCAGGCGGUGCAGGCGUACUACGGCAUUCCGAAGAUUGUCGAUAUCGCGGAGUGGGUUGGCCUGCUCGAGCAGAGCCAGAAGGAGCUGGACCAGUUGACAGACGAGGCAGAGGUGGGACGGAGGCUGGCGGCCAAUCCGGGGAUCAAGCUGAUCGAUACAUACCGGGGCAUGUUGAGGGACGGCGAUGGCCAGGGGCAGAUUGUCUUGGACAUGACCAAGACACAGGCGAGAAGCGAGAGCAUUCGGGAUGCUGGUCCUGUGACGCCGGAGCUCAUGCGUGCCUGGUGUAGGCAGUGGGCAUUCGGAGGAAAGGCGGCGGCGGCGGCAGUCUAACAACAUUUCAUCUUUAUGCAUUGUGUAGAAAUAGCAAUCCGCUGUAGAAAAGGAAGUUCUCCGGUUC